AGCCCAUCGUUGACACGCUCCUCUUCAAACCGAGCAUCGGGUGCAUCAGCGAAGAUGGCAAAGCGUUUGAGGCUGGAGGUGCUUCCGCUGCGGCAAGCUGUGCAACUAUGGGCGACGACGCGGCCCUUCACUGCAUGUGCGGUGUGCGCCUCGGGCCACAAUAAGUGGUCCAAGAUUAAGCACAAGAAGCAAGCGAACGACGCUGCACGCGGAGCGUCAUACGGGACGAUCUCGCGCGAGAUCAUCGCGGCGAUCAAGGCACACCCGAGUGCUGCGCCGGCGGGACAAGCGUGGGACCCGGCGCACAACGUGCGACUUGGUAUGCUCGUGAAGAAAGCGAAGGAGCUGGGCUUUGCGAAGGACAAGAUCGAGAACACCAUCGCCAAGGCGAGCGGGCGCGGUGCGGAUAACUUGCAGACGGCCACGUACGAGGCGCUCGGGCCGGCGGGAGAGAACGGGCAUGCGGUCGCGUUGGUGAUCGAGUGCAGUACCGACUCGCCAGCGCGGACGCACGCCAAGGUCCGCGAGACGUUCAACAAGGUCGGUGGUCGGCUGUCUUCGACGGCGCACCUGUUCGACCGUGUCGGCAUUGUGCGCGCCGCGUGCACGGACGCGGGCGGGACGUACGAUGCGCUGUUCGAGCUCGCGGUCGAGCACGGCGCGACGGACGUCGUCCCGCUGCUGCCGGGCAGCCGCGCGCGUGCCAAGUUGAGCGAUUCCGAGCUCAAUGCCAUCCUGAUCGCUGCCGCGGACGCGAAGCCGCAGCCGCCGAUGUCGUCGCUGUCGCCGUCUCCCUCGAAAGACGCCGCCGCCGCCGCCGACGACGGCGACCUGCCGGUCCUGGUGGUUGACGUGCACUGCGCGCCGGCAGACGUGCGAGGGCUCGCUGAGGCGCUACGCGGCGCGGGGCAUGCGGUGCUCGACGCAGAGCAGAAGUUGCUGCCGAAUGGGCCGCUGCUGCACGUGCAGGAUGCCAACGCCGAUGCCGAUGCAACCGCGGGCUGGGUCGACGGCGAGUAUGUGCAACGCCUGGACCGGAUGCUGAGCCUGCUAGAGGAUAACGCGGAUUGCACGCGCGUGUGGAGCAAUCUCGCCGGCUGGCCCGCGCGGUGAUCGUUGACGCGCGUCUCACAUUGCACGUCCCGUGGCUGGGUGCCCGGUGUGUAUGUGUAUGUACAGCGUGGACGCGGCAUCCAGCAUGACCAUUGGCGGUGCAGUGCACUCCUGUGUAAAUAUUAUAUAGCAUGAUUGAUAGACGCUUGCAAACCCU